GAGUCUGCAAGCGGCGGUUACCGGCUGGUUGUAACGCCGAGCCCGCCGCCUUUUCUCUGCGCGCGGGGCUCUCCUUGUCCUGCGCUUCUUCGGGAGGGCCGCACCGGGGCCUGGACUGGCCGAGAAGGAGGAGAGGCUGGGCUUCUUUCUGCUCCUCCCCUGCGUGGGGAGCUCUCGGGGCUUUCUGUCUUCCCUCCGCGGCCUCCUCCUCGGACCCCGAAGGGGACGGCUACGAGCAGGCCUCUCUCCGCCCAGCCAGGCCUUCCCCGGAGCGUGCGAAGGUUCCAAGCGGGGGGCCGAGGGGGAGAUGAGGGCCGGUGGGUACAAGCAAGGCAGUCACGUGGGGAAGCUGCCGCCCGGCCCCCGCUUGCACACGCACGCUGCACGUCUACAGGUGCAGCUGACAGAAACGUGUGUCUGAUGCUCCUGCCUAUAAACAAAAACUCAGAGGAACAUGAGGAAGCUGCCUGCUAGUGAGUCAGACCUUUGGUGCAGCUAGCUCAGUAUUGUGGGCACUGACUGGCAGCAGCUUCUCCCAAGGUUCUAGGCAGGCGUCUUUCCCGGCUUUCUGUAUCUCCUGAGUGUUCAGCAACUGCAUGUCAAGGCAGAGGCUAGGCUGCACCUGUCACCUCAUAGUGUGGUGUUCUUUGUGUUUGGGGGAGGUUGGGUUUCCUUUUUAUGGGAGAGUACUCUAGCGCCUUAUAUCUUUCCCCUACCCACCACUCUUGCAAACAGUCCAAGGAAACACUUUGCCUCUUGGUACUGCUGAUUGUACUGGCCCUGAUUUUUCCCAAGGUGCUCAAAGAGUUGAGUUGAUGCCCACCAAAGGCAGUGAUCCCUCCCCUCCCACCAAAAGCCUCAUUUAUUUAUUUAUUUAUUUGAUUCUUAUACUGCCCUUCAAAACAUGGCUCGGGGCGGUUUACACAGAGAAAUAAUAAAUAAGAUGGAUCCCUGUCCCCAAAGGGCUCACAGUCUAAAAAGAAACGUAAGAUAGGCACCAGCAACAGUCACUGGAGGUACUGUGCUGGGGGUGGAUAGGGCCAGUUACUUUCCCCCUGCUAAAUAAAAGAGAAUCACCAUGUUAAAAGGUGCCUUUUUGCCAAGUUAGCAGGGAUUAUUGAUGCAUCCUCUGGGUAGUGACAACUCAUUCCAUCACAUGCCAAUAAAUGCAGGUGUAUUCUGCUAGCAUAAAUGUGUUUCAGGAAAUUACCCUUCCCAGCAAUCUAAGGCUUCUUAAAAUAUGGGAAAGGGAACUCUCGCAUCCUACCAUUCUGUUGCACUUAUGGCUGUUUCUCUCUCUGCUGAGCUGCUUUUAUGAGGUUAUUCAGCUUCUGAAAGAUGGAAAGGCAAAGGAGGUUUCCUAUAAUGCUCUGGCAUCGCACAUUAUUUCAGAAGAUGGAGACAAUCCAGAAGUUGGUGAAUCUCGUGAAGUUUUUGAUCUUCCAGUAGUAAAACCUUCCUGGGUGACUUUGUCAGUUCAGUGUGGAGCUCUUUUGCCAGUAAAUGGUUUUUCCCCAGAAUCCUGUCAGAUCUUUUUUGGAGUUGCUGCUUGUCUAUCUCAGGUUUCUUCUGAAGACCGAAGUAUGUUGUGGGCUCUGAUAACUUUUUAUGGUGGGGAUUGCCAGCUGAGCCUGAAUAAAAAAUGCACUCACUUGAUUGUGCCUGAACCAAAAGGGGAAAAAUAUGAAUGCGCCUGUAGGCGAGAGAACAUUAAAAUUGUGACACCUGACUGGGUUUUAGAUUCUAUAUCGGAUAAAACAAAAAAAGAUGAAGCAUCCUAUCAUCCUCGAUUAAUUAUAUAUGAAGAGGAGGAGGAGGAAGAGGAAGAAAAUGAAGAGCAGGAUUCCCAAAAUGAAGCUAGCACUGAUGAGAAAUUAUCAAGUCCAGCAUCUUCUCGAGAAGGAUCACCUUUAGGUGAUCGAGCUUUUUCCCCUAAAUCUAUUGAUGCUGACAAAACAAAAGGAGAACUGAUGUUCGAUGAUUCCUCGGACUCCUCUCCUGAAAAGCAUGAAAGAAAUUUGAACUGGACACCUGCUGAAGUCCCCCAGACUGCUCCAGCAAAGCGCAGACUGCCAUCUGGCAAGGAUUCCGGGUUGAUUAACUUGUGUGCCAAUGUCCCACCUGUUCCUGGUAAUAUUUUGCCUUCUGAAAUGAGAAGUAAUAUAAUGCCUUCAGUACAAAAUCCCCAAAGUUCUGGACGUCCUGAAAUGAUGGCUGCAUGGAAUCCUGCAGUACGGACAUUAAGAAAUAUUACCAACAAUGCUGAUAUUCAGCAGGUUAAUAGGCCAUCAAAUGUAGCACAUAUUUUGCAAUCACUUUCGGCCCCUACAAAAACUUUGGAGCAGCAGGUAAACCAUGGUCAGCCGGGACAUUCAAAUGCAGUGUUGCUUAGCCAAGUUAAACUGACUCCAGAACCACAUUUACUGCAGCAGCAUCAGUCGCAGCAGCAGCAGCAACAGCAACAGCACCACCCUCUCUUGCAUCUCCAACCCCAGCAAAUCAUGCAGUUGCAGCAGCAACAGCAGCCCCAGCCGCAGCCACAACAGCCUCCGAUUUCUCAGCAGCCUUUCUCACAACCACCUCAUCAGUUUGUGCCGCAGCAGCAGCAAGUUCAUCGACACCAGUUUUCCCAACAGCAAUUACAGUUCCCUCCCCAACAGCUACAUUCCCAACAGCAAAUGCAUCGCCCUCAACAGCAGUUGCAGUUUCAGCAGCAGCAUGCCUUGCAGCAGCAGUUGCACCAAUUACAGCAGCAACAGCUCCAGCAGCAGCAGUUGCAACUGCAGCAGCAAAAUCUUCAGCAGCAGUUACAACAGCAUCAACAGCAACAAAUUCAACAGCAGCAACAUUUGCAGCGAAUUCAGCAACAGCAGCAGCAACAAAUGCAAAAUCAAGCAACACAACACUUGACUCAAACAUCUCAGACACUGCAGCAUCAGGUUCCAGUUCAGCCACCACAGCAUCCCCAGCAGCAGCAGCAGCUGCAACAGCACCAGCUGUUUGGACAUGAUCCAUCUGUAGAAAUUCCAGAAGAAUAUUUUCUGUUGGGUUGUGUCUUUGCAAUUGCUGAUUACCCUGAACAGAUGUCUGAUAAGCAGUUAUUAGUAACUUGGAAAAGGAUUAUUCAAGCACAUGGUGGUACAGUGGAUCCUACACUCACAAGUCGAUGUACACAUCUUCUCUGUGAAAGUCAGCUUAGUAAUAUGUAUGCUCAGGCUUUGAGGGAAAGGAAGAGAUGUAUCACAGCACACUGGCUGAACUCUGUGCUAAAAAAGAAGAAAAUGAUACCACCCCAUCGAGCACUUCAUUUUCCAGUAGCAUUUCCACCAGGAGCGAAACCAUGUUCUCAGCAUAUAAUCUCGGUGACAGGUUUUCUUGAUAGUGACAGAGAUGAUCUUAAACUGAUGGCUUACCUAGCAGGUGCAAGGUACACAGGCUAUCUUUGUCGCAGCAAUUCGGUUCUCAUCUGUAAGGAGGCUAGCGGCUUAAAGUAUGAGAAAGCCAAAGAGUGGAGGAUACCAUGUGUGAAUGCACAAUGGCUUUGUGACAUUUUGCUUGGAAAUUUUGAAGCAUUGCGGCAAAUACAGCACAAUCGGUACACAGUAUUCAACCUUCAAGAACCACUUGCUCCUAAUCAGCAUCUAGUUCUAAACCUUUUGGAUGCUUGGAGAGUACCAUUAAAGGUAUCAUCGGAAAUUCUAAUGGGUGUGAGAUUACCGCUGAAACCAAAGCAAAAUGAAUCAGUAAUUCAGCCUUCUACCAAGCGGCCAAGAAUUGAAGACUUGCCAACACCUACUAAAAAACUAACACCUGAAUUGACCCCAGUGGUGCUCUUCACAGGAUUUGAGCCUUCACAGGUGCAUCAGUAUAUCAAGAAACUCUACAUUCUUGGAGGUGAAGUUGCAGAAUCUGCCCAGAAAUGUACUCAUCUAAUAGCUAGUAAAGUGACUCGUACUGUAAAAUUCCUAACAGCAAUUUCAGUUGUAAAGCAUAUAGUAACUCCAGAAUGGUUAGAAGAGUGCUUCAAGGGUCAGAAGUUUAUAGAAGAACAAAACUACAUUCUCAGAGAUGCAGAAGCUGAAGUUCUUUUCUGUUUCAGUUUAGAAGAGUCUCUAAAAAGAGCACAAGUGGCGCCACUUUUUAAGGGAAAGUACUUCUAUAUUACACCUGGAAUUUGCCCUAGCCUUUCUACCAUGAAAUCUAUUGUGGAAUGUGCGGGAGGAAAGGUAUUGUCCAAACAACCUUCUUUCCGAAAACUGAUGGAACACAAGCAAAAUAAAAGCUUGUCAGAAAUUAUCCUGAUCUCCUGCGAAAAUGACCUUCACUUGUGUCGAGAAUACUUUGCCAGAGGCAUAGAUGUCCACAAUGCAGAAUUUGUUUUGACUGGCGUUCUUACUCAAACACUGGAUUAUGAAUCAUAUAAAUUCACUUGACUGGAAGUAAAAUGCCUUAUUGCUUCAGCUGCCUUGAAGCCUUCCUGUGGAUCAGUUCAACAGUACUUCCUUGAGUUGUUUUCCACUUGUUUUGCUGAUAAAUGAUGAGCAGUUCAGGACUGGAGAGCAAACAUUAAUUGCAUCUGUUUAGGGUGUGCAACAUUUUAUUAAUAAAACAUAAUUAACUAUGUUUUUGUAUUAUAUUACAGACCAGCGAGAGCUUACUUUUUAUAUAAUGAUUUAGUUUUUCUGAUUCUUUUUAAAGUUUUAACAAAUGGUGGUACUUGAUCAAAAUUGCAGAGUAGAGAGAGAAGGGGUUGUGCUGCAUUAAAUUAUGGAAGUGAAUAUUUUGUACUUUAUUUUAUUAUUCUCUUUCUUUUAUAUUGAUAUUACCCCCAUUUUAAAAUAAAUGUACUUUUAAAUAAUGUUUCUUUAAAAUUUAGUUCUUUUUAAAAUAUUGUGCAAUUAUGGCACGCUCUGGUAAGAGUAAAUUACUCUAAUCAUUCUUCCAAAUGCUGUAAGAUAUUCUUUCAUUUAUUUUGCCAGGUGUGUUUUUAAUAUUAAAAAGCCAAGUAUUUUAAGCAGAAUUUAUUAAUUACAAGUGUUUCUACUGAUGUUAGCUUGAACUCACUCAUAUUCUGUUGUGAUAAGUUUUCUUGUAAUUUUUAUGAAAUAAAUAUGCAAAAAGAAAUUUAGAGAUGUUAUUUAUUUCAUCCAGUUGAUCUUGCAAAAUGCUUCUGUAUAUGACUGAUCUAUUAAAUUGUAAAUUGAAUAAAUAUUAUUUCAUAUUAAAGUACACGAUAUCAAUAGGAACAAGGUUGGGCAGUGUGCUACCAUUUUAUAUAUAUAGUUCCCAAGCCUCUUGUAACUAAUAAAAUUGUUUAAGAUCAAAAUGUUUAGCUUUUUGUAGGCAAAAAGGGCAAAUUUGCUCUUAGUGAUUUUUGACUCAGUGAAUUUCAGUUUACAGGGUCUUGAGGUUUUCUGUCAUUUUGGGUUAUUGGUAUGGGAAUCUUUAUAGGCUGAAAUAUCAAGCAUUUGUCUCACUUGACAGCAUACCAUAGUAUGUGUGUUUCUUAAAGUGAAGGGCCAUAUACAGGCAGAAACCCAGGAAUUCAUGGAGAGGAGUUGAUAACUUCAUGUUUAAACACAACAGGUAUGACACUAUUUGAUAAUUUGCUGUACACUUCUUAAGAUGCUGCAUUAACUCGUACAGAUGACCUGUUAUUGUAUCUGGUUUUAGAGAGAGAAAAUAUGUACCUAAACCAACUUUUUUUUGCUCUUUCUUUUCUAAAGAACUGCUUUUCAUUACUUAGCCAUACAACUUGAUUUGGUCUGGCUUUUGACAAAUAAUCAUAACUUGAAGUACUGGCAAUUUUUCUCCACUGGAAAAUUGCACCACUGUCAUGGAAGUACAACUCGUCUACCGUCACAGUCAAGAUAGUUUACCAUAUGUUCACUUUAGGGAGAAGAGUAUGCAAAUAGCUACAAUGCUUGAAUUCAUGGUUUUUCAGUGGUCUUCAGUAAUAGUCACCUGCUCCUGAGUUGGAACACCUUGUCUUAUUUUUAAGCACCUUCCAUGCUUUGUUGUGUAACUGUUGCAUUAAAUAUCUUCAUGUACAUUCGUUUUAUAAACUCUUAUGAACCCUUCUAA